AUGAACGGGACAGCCAUUGAAAAUUUUGUCUGUGUAAUUUUUAAUGUUUCCUUCAUGAACUGCACUUGGCAUGUGGGCAGGACUUCUUCAGGAGAGACACAGUAUUACCUGUACUGGAGGAACUCAAGGAAAGAAGAUUUCACAGGAUGCCAGAAUUACAUCAAAGAUAUUUAUGGAAAGCACACGGGAUGUAGAUUCCAAAACGUUACAAUAGAAAACAAGGUAGCUGAUUUCCUGAUAAAUGGGUCUAAAAGUGGACAAAACAUUCAGUCGUUUAAAAAGAAGAUUAUUCUGUACAAAAUUGAAAUACUGACUCCUCCCUUAAACGUCACUGUGAACUGUACAGAAGCUUCUCGCGGUUGUGAAAUUCAGUGGCAACCACCUCGCACAAGUCAUGUGAAAAGACGUGGUUGUUUCAAAUAUGAAAUUGUAAUAGAAAACAAGGUGGAUCUCAAGAAAAACACACUUAAAACAAAAAGCAGCAUCACAGGAAACUCCUACAUAUUUGAGAGCUUCAAUACAGAGAAAAGAUACAGCGUCAAACUCAGAGCAACUGACAAUGGUUGUUUAGUGAGCACAAACUGGGGGGAGUGGAGUACACCUGUGGAGUUUGGAAAAGAACAACUUGCCUCUACUUCAUCAUAUCUGUUAUUUCUGAUACCAGUGCUGUCAGCAAGUCUUGUACUUUUUAUCUUCACAAUAUGCAUUUAUUUGAAAAAAACAUCUGCUACAGUACCACGACCACGAGAUCCAUUCCAUGAGCUCUGUUCCACAGAUUUCCAGAUGGAACGUAAGAAUCAAGUAAUAAACCAUGAAACUGAAGAAAUAAUAACAGUUAUUGAAGAAGUGGCAUAA